GUGGCCGUCAUCUCUCUGACCGACGCUGAUCUGACGAACUGAGGUGAGAGAGGGCGGGCAGGAGGGCCUGAUGACAUCAGCAAUGGCAGCCUGUGUGGCUUCUGUGUGUGUUUGUCGCAGAUCUGUGGCUCACAAGGGCCUCUUCGUCCGGCAUGCUUAGUCUAUGGCGGUGGCUGAAGGGCCUGUGCACGGUGAGGCGAGCGGCCAAGGACAGCACCGGCGUGAUGCCUGUCUGUGUGUCUGUCCGUCUGUCUGUCUGUCUGGGUGUUGAUUGCAGACAUCGGCUGCUCGUGACGGUGCUGGCAUAUUGACUAAGAACACGACAUCGUCCGCUGCGUCUGCCGCCAAUGGUGACCAACACGUUCGCUGCAGAGAAGGGACAGUCAUGCCGGCACACAGCUGUCUGCCUGUUUGUGUGUUUGGCAUGUUGCAGGUGCGGUCAGUGCAUCGCCCGUCGACCACCACCAGCAGCAUCAGCAUGAUCCCCUUGUCAGUGCCGCUGAUGUGCCUGAGGAGGCAAUGGCAACAGUUGCCGAGUACGUCAGGAGCUACUCACAGCUGGAGGCCCUCAUCGACGCCCAUCCCACCCAAUUCACCGCCGCCGUCCUGCUGCCCAUUCUCACCCGACUGCUGCCCGUCGUGGUGGACGCCGUCUUUGGCGGCCUGGUGGAGGUGCCGAUGCCUCAACUGACCCAGAGUGUGUCCAUCAUAGUGGCCACCACACGUCGGCUCUUCAUCCUCGAGAGGGGCGGCAACUGGGACAGAUGGCGGCCAGUGCUGGAGAUGCUGUACUUGCUGAGGGGCAAGAGGCCUUUGGUGCUGGGUGACGACAACUUUGCUGUGUUCGGCAGCCGGGCGGCCUUCCUCGGCAAGAGGGAGGCCGUCCGGCAGUGGAAGAUACUCAGCCGGGGGAUCACUGUCACUGAUCAUGGAGGACAAUAG